AUGGUGACUAUACUUCAAUACUGCAAGUGCAAAUUUCAGGUCAAGCCACGUGCCACGAUUGCCUCAGAGUUGGAGCAUGACUGUCCUUACUCUCAACUUUGCCAAAAUGCACUCCUCAUGCUCUUAAUUGACAACAGGGGCUUAAAACCCUUUCAGACCAUGUCAGCAUCUCAAGACCUCCACAAUAAAACUUAUAUCUACCAUGUUCCAACAUGCAGAUCAAACCUUGGAUCCCAAUGA